CUUCUUCAAAAGGACGCGGACUCAACGAUUCUCCGACGCGCACUCCGUGAGCGCGCUCACGACGCCACCGUUGCACGAAACGACCGGGCGGGAGGACUGCACGAAACCAACAAAAAAGGGAGAACAUAUUCACAAAACAACAUCACGCAUUAUUUUAUUUCGUUGAAACAGACGACGCGCGGUAAAUAAAUAACCGCUCCACGGCAUCAGCCUGUAGCGGCAGCAGCGGUAGCAGCAGCAGCGGCGUGUUGACAUCAACAUCUCCUGCGAUGAUCGGAGCGGGCUCCGAGUCGCCUUACCCUGGCGCUUGCAGGGUCGCACCGCGGCGGCGAUGAUGAUUACGACGACGACGACGACCACGAUGAUGAUGAUCUGGGCCGUGCUGGGGGUUGCUGCAGGAGCGCUCGCCGCUUUCCCGACGGCGCUGGGAGAAGGCGCGGCCCCUCUGCGAGACGACGCGCGGCCUCCAGCACACAAAGAGUCGCUGCUCGAAGCCCACGCUCUUUAUGGCAGCGACGUUGAUGAAGAUGAUGUUGUUGUUGUUGGUCAUGGUGGUGGUGGCGGCAACGACGACGACGGUGGUGGUGUUGUUAGAGGAAGAGAAGCGACACGAGGGGAGGAGGCGAGCACCUUUGACGAGGAUGGAGGAAGAAGAGGAGGUGGUGGUGGCGGUGGUGGCACGUUCAGGAAUCUGCCGUCGGCCGUGCCUCCGUUUGUCCCGGCGAGGGCUUUCGAGGUUCGACGCAAACGACAGGCGGCGGGGAAGACGGUCAACGCCGAGAAUGCUCGCUCACCAACACCACCAGCAGCACCACCGUCACCACCACCACCAUCAGCAGCAGCAGCCACAACGGCGGCGGAAGACGUGAACGCCCAGGCGGAGCAGACGGACGCAACCUCAAUCCCGCACUCGCCACGUCCGGCGCUCGCUGAUAACGGGACGGAGGUGGACACCGAGGUUGACCUCUCGUCACCCGGACAGUCGUCCUCUUCAUCAUCAUCAUCGUCGGAUAACAUCACAGAAGCGAGUGACCACUCGCCAAAGGUCAUCACCCCGAAGUCGAAGAGCGCAAGCGGGCGCGUGGAGAGAAUCCCGCGGGCGAGGAAUCCAUUCAAGCCGGUGACGAGCGAGACGUACGGCGCCUACGCGAUCCUCGCGUUCUCGCUGUUCCUCUUCGCCGUGGGCCUCGCCAGCAACCUCACCGUCAUCUGCGUGGUGUGCAACAACCGCUACAUGAAGAACGUCUCCAACUCGCUGCUGGCCAACAUGGCCUUCUGGGAUUUCCUGGUCAUCUUCGUGUGCCUGCCGCUCACGGCCGUUCACGAGCUGUCCAAGCGCUGGGUGCUGGGCGACUUCACGUGCAAGCUGGUGCCGUACCUCGAGGUGGCCAGCCUGGGCAUCACCACGUUCACGCUCGCCGCCCUCUGCCUCGACCGCUUCCACGCCGCCACCAAUGUGCGCCUGCACUACGAGCAGACGGAGGGCUGCAUCUCGCGUGGAGGCAAACUCGCCGUGGUGUGGCUGGGCGCCCUCGUGCUCUCCACACCCGAGCUGCUCAUCCACGGCCUGGCGGGCAAGGACGGCGUGAACAGCAACAACAACAACAACCACCACCACCACUACCAGGGCCACCAGAACACCCAGCAGCAGGGGGUGGCGGUGGCCGGAGGUGCUCCCACCGGCUCCUCGCUGCCGUACGACCGCUGCGAGAUGCGAGUUCCGCACGAGCUGCCGGACUUCCUGUACAUGCUCUCGGCCACGUACCGCGCCGCGCGCCCGUGGUGGUUCUUCGGCUGCUACUUCUGCCUGCCCAUCGCCUUCACCGUCACCUGCUCCGUCCUGACCGCGCGCCGGAUGAAGGGAGCCGGCGCCGCCGCUCACAACAAACCUCCGCCGGGCGAAGCGGGCCCCGCCACGUCUCUGACGCGCGGAAGCACCCGGCAGCAGCUGCGCCUCGAGCGGCAGAUGAACUGCGCCGUCGUGGCCCUGGCUACCGCCUACGCCUGCUGCCUGGUGCCCGAGAUCGUGUGCAGCAUGGUGUGGGAAUACGCCGGCGUCGGGGGCGGCGAGUCGCCGGCGCUCGACGUCCUGCACACCGUCGCCCAGUACCUGCUCUUCUCCAAGUCGUGCCUGGGCCCCGUGCUGCUGCUCGGCCUUUGCCGCGAGCUGGCGAGAGCGGCCCGCGCCUGCUGCUGCUGCUGCUGCCCCUGCCCGGAGACGGGGGGCGGCGAGAGUUCCGCCGAGAUGCCCUCGUCGCCGGCUCCGCCCGGCGGCGGCGGCGGCGGCGCGGUCGUGGCGCUCUCCCCGUGCGUGGUGACGGCGGCGAGCGACGAGAACGAGAACGAGCGGCCCGCCGGGGAGAUGGAGCUGUUCACGUUCAGCACCGUGCAACGCGAGCUCACCACCUUCUCCACCGCUUGAGUCGCCCGGAGAUCGUCGGGUGUGCAGGCCGUGCAACUGCACCCUUGUUGGUGGGCUAUGAAGAUCAGUGGGGUGAGGGGGAGGAGGGAUUGGGGGGGGGGGGUAUUGUACACGACGGGGGUCGACCACAUUUCAUUCCUUGCACCAGGACCCAUGCCAACCACGCUCCUACGCCCACUGAGCCUGUCUGCAGUGCCUGCGCAAUUGGUUCACGUAACACACAGCCUAGACACCAGUGAUUCUAGGACAUAGUAAAGAAGGUAUGUGUGUGGGGGGGGGUUGGGGGGGGGGUGUGAAGGGGGUGGAACUACCCAAUUAUUGGGGGUGGUGGUGGUAGCGGUAGUGGUGGUCACACGCACAGUCACAUACUCACACUCUCAAUGUAAAACUCCAUAAAGCGGGAGAUUGUUGUAGUUGUUGCUCGAGCCGACCUUGAAGGUGCAGUUUGCAAUGGCGUAGCUGCUGUGGCAUCUGGCACGAAGGAAGGAAGUGAUGGCAGGAUACGGUGGCAUUAACGACCACUUAGCGUUGAACUCCGAGCGUCGCUGCAUCCACCCCGAGGACGAGUGACUCCCAUUUAAAGGGGGGUAGGGAGGUGGGGGGGGGCACGAUCCCUCAUUCCAGUCCCCCACAGACUGACCGCUGCCAAGACGUCCCAUCUGCCCCUUGUGUGCUCGUGUGCCAUACAGCACUCUCUCUCUCACAGCUCAAGGGGCAACCGUGCAAUUCCUCACACCCACCGCUGGUGCACGGGACCUCCACUAGAUGGAGCUCCAGAGAGCACCUCGAGGAGUGGUCUUUGGCCUACUCUUCCACGUUGGCCAGACGUGGGUGUGGCACGGAUGCCGAGAGAGGCCUUGUUGUAACGGACCGCGUUGAUUUGUUUUGUUGAAAAAAAAACGUUAUCACUUUAGCUGUGCGCAAAUGCUAGGCACGAGUGCUCUCAGCAAACGCCAUACGAAGGCGUAUGGUGGUGUGGCCAGUAUUACCCGUGCACGCUCCUCUCCCCUGAUGUUGAGACAGAUACUCGUUUCAGAUUGAGUCUCAACUAAACUGAACUCGUUUUUUUUGUUUUGCUAGGUAAGGCCCCAACUGAGCUUUGUAGCUCUUUUUCAGAAGCGACCAGGGCUCUCACAAAUGACCGCUCCACAAAGUGGCCCCCUCACGUGGACAUUUAUAGCAGCCAGAUACUCUAAGCCCCCGUGAUGUUGAUUCUAAACGUGCAGGGGAAAAAAACGGAGGACCUGGAGCAAAUUCCACGCGACCACAGGGCGAGAGACAACACAAACUCCAAAUAUACAGCAGCAGGGGUAAUCAUCGAGAUCGAACCCACGAACCUCCCGCAUACCGGGCGAGGUAGUCAACAUCCCUCCCACGGCGGUGCCACACGUACCGGGACGAGGUCUCUGAAUGGCUGUGUCGAGCGUCCCCAUGUGGACGAGAUGCCCACUGAGGUCGGGUCGAGGCAGAAACACGAGGGGGUACAAUCAGGGGCGGGCGGCUUAAGGGGCCGUCCAUAAAUGACGUC